AUGAGAUCGUGCCAGCUUUAUAAAGACGCUUUAUCACUGCCCUGGGAGCGACAUCAUCCACUUCCGUUAUCUGCCCGUUAUUGUCUGUGGUUGGUGUGUUGAAAACACUCAUAUAAUGCCCUGGCUUAUCAGGAUCUGGAUACGGAGCAGGAACUCUGGAGAACCUGGGUCCAACCCAGUCCUUUUCACUACAUUUCUUGCAUACCUCUCCAUUUUCAGGUAAACAAGGAUAUUACCCAGCUAGAUACAAUACUGAAGUUCAACACAAAUGACGGUUUUGAUUUAAACGUCAAAAAGUACCAGGAAAUUCCUUCAAGGCCCGUGGCGAUAGAUGUGGAGAGAGCCAAAUCUACCAUGUUCAAAUUGUCUUCGCUAGAGGAGAAAUUGGGUGCCAUCAAGCACAGGUUGCAAGAGCGUAAUAAUGAACUGUAUGAUUGUAAUCAUGUACCUAAGCAGUGGGCAGGCGAUGAAAUUUCCUAUAUUGCUCAGCAUCUUGAAAAGCUUGAAAAGCUUAACAAGAAUCUCAUUUGUCUUCACUCUUCCAUCACUAACACCUGGCAGCUUUCAAGUGCCCGCUUCAAUAAGGAUACAGUUUCAGGAGAAGAAAGGAAGGGAAUAACCAGGAGAAGAAAGGAGCAAAGGAGAAUAGCUCGUCAAAAACAAACGAACAUGGGAAAGAAACAAGCUUAUAAGCUUAUAUUGAAAAUACAUGGAAAAGAAUUUGCUGAUGCCUUUCUUAUAAAAGGAAACACUCAAAAAGUUAGCACACAAAAACUGGGGAGUAUACAGCUCCUACCCAGAUUCCACAUAAAAGCCAUCGAAUACUUGAUUGAGGGGGGCAUUGGGGGGUAUUCAAUACCGUAAUACCGCAAGCAAAUUUUGUCAAUUACCGCAGUUUUUGAGUCAAAAAUUGCAAAUACCUUUUACCGCAACAUUUCAAAUACCGGAAUACCGCAAUUUUUCAAGGAAAAUACCGAAAUACCGUAAGAAAAAUAAGCUAAUACCGCCAUACCGUAAAUCCCAAUGUCCCCCUCUUGAUUGCUCAAGGCACAGUUGAUGACAUGGAAGAAGCAAAAAGACUUUUAGAUAUACUUCUGGCAAGAAGAGCAGCAGCCAAAAAGGCCACCACAGUAAAGAGUCAGGAGGAAAGGACCAGCCUGGAGUCUGAAAGUGAACUCUCAGAUGGCUCUGAAGUGGAUGACGAGAUUACAGAGCCUGGAGAUGAUGAGUCUGACAGCUUUGAAAUGGAUGAAGAUAGUGACUAUUAA